AUGACUUCCAACCGACAAUAUGACCUGGUCUUGCUGGGCCCAACUGGGUAUACUGGCCGAUUUUGCGCAGAGCACAUUGUGCAGAACCUUCCUACCGAUCUGAAAUGGGCUAUCGCAGGUCGAUCCGCUCAGAAAAUGGAGCCUAUCGCCCAGGAACUGAAGGCUCUUAACCCAGACCGCGUGAACCCAGAUGUACUUGUCGUUCAACUGAACUCCACCGAGCUCAACGAGCUCGCCCAGAAAACCCGGCUGGUUAUCAAUUGUGUGGGUCCCUACCACCUGUACUCGACACCAGUCGUGGAGGCGUGCGCUGUUAAUGGAACUCACUAUGUGGAUGUUACUGGAGAAACACCCUGGGUCAAGUCGAUCAUCGACAAGUACCACGAGACCGCCAAGGCUAAUGGCGCUAUUAUGAUCCCUAGUACUGGUGUCGAGAGUGCCCCCGCUGAUAUCCUGGCAUGGGCUCUGGUUAAGCGAGUCCGAGAGGACCUCUCGUCUUCAACCCGCAAGGUCGACAGCACCAUCAAGGAAAUGAAAUCCUCCGGCCCCAGCGGCGGUACCAUGAAUACCAUUCUAACCAUCUUCGACGGGUUUUCAGUGUCUGAGCUGUCCAAGGCAAUGACUCCCUUCUCAUUGGUAGCAUCCCCGCCAAAGAACAUCCCCAGCGAAUCAAUCCUAGAAAAGGCAUUUGGUGUACGCUCAAUUCCCGACCUGGGUACCGUGACGACCUCCCCAUCCGGUAUCUGCGACAUGACCAUCGUGCACCGCAGCAGCAGCCUGAUGCCAGAGCUGUACGGGCAACAGUUCUUCUUCCGCCAGUUCCUGUCGGUCCGUAACGCGCUAAUUGGCGUCGCUAUCCACCUCGGCUUCUUGGUUGCAGUUUCGCUGCUUGCACUGCCGCCGGUUCGCUGGCUGGUGGAGAAGUUCGUCUUUGCCCCUGGCAGUGGUCCGCGCAGAGAGGACUCGUCAAAUGACCUUCUCGAGUACCAUGCCAUUGCUACUGCGGACAGUGCUUCGCCACAGCGUGUCUUCGGUAAGAUCACUUACCACGGCGGCAUGUACCCCUUUACUGGAUUGUUGCUGGCCGAAGCUGCUAUGGUUAUUCUUAACGAGGAGGAGAAGAUCAAGAAGGUAUCUCGUGGUGGCAUCGUCACCCCCGCUACGUUGGGUCAGGACUACGUGGACCGCUUGGAAAAGGUUGGCUGCAAAAUUGAGACGAAGGUGUUCCAGUACUAA